UAUGCUUGUCACAUUGGCUGCUGGAGACAUGUCUUACAACAAGGAUACUCGUAUAACCCUAAAUGAUGGCAACACCAUGCCCAUCCUUGGUUUGGGUACCUAUGCUGCACCUGAUGUGCCUAAAAGUGUCGGAGAGGAGGCAACAAAAAUAGCCAUUGAACUUGGCUACAGGCACAUUGAUUGUGCGUACAUCUAUGGCAAUGAAGUGCAAAUUGGCCAAGCGAUUCGGGCAAAGAUUGCAGAUGGAACAGUGAAAAGAGAAGAAAUAUUCUACACAGGAAAGCUAUGGUGCACAUAUUUUUCUCCAGAGUUGGUACGCAAAGCACUGGAGAAAUCCUUAAGUGACCUUCAACUGGACUACCUUGACUUGUUUCUAAUGCACUGGCCAUUUUCACUAAAGUCUGCAGGUGCUGAGCGUCACACUGAUUCCAACAAGGGCUUUAUUUAUGACAAUGUGGAUUUUCUGUCUACAUGGGAGGCUCUGGAGGCUUGUAAAGAUGCAGGACUGGUGAAGUCAAUUGGAGUAUCCAACUUCAACCGCAGGCAACUGGAGCGUCUCCUCAGCAAACCAGGACUGAAAUACAAGCCAGUCUGCAACCAGGUGGAAUGCCAUGUUUAUCUGAGUCAAAGCAAACUUCAGGAGUACUGUAAGAGCAAGGAUAUUGUUCUAGUUGCGUACAGUGUCCUAGGGUCACACAGAGAUAAGGACUGGGUGGACCUGAGUUCUCCUGUGCUACUUGAAGAUCCAGUGCUGGCCAAUGUGGCUGCAAAGUACAAUCGUUCCCCAGCAGAGGUGGCCAUGCGAUUUGUCCUUCAGAAGGGGAUUGUGGUUUUGGCCAAAAGUUUCAGCGAAGCACGCCUCAAACAAAACCUUGGGGUGUUUGAUUUUGAGAUAAAGGAAGAGGACAUGAAAACACUUGAUGGGCUUGACAAAAACCUACACUAUGGAUUAUUCAAAGAAUUGAGGGAGCAUCCAGAGUACCCUUUCCAUGACGAAUACUAAUGACAAUGCUGGGAUGAACACGUUAAAAAUAAUGCAUUUUGCAGUUAAUUUUGCCAACAUCCACUGGAGUGAAAAUUAAAAUAUUAAUAGACAAAGUUCUAUAAUUAUAC